AUGUUCAGGGCCUCGAUGAACGACCAUUUGUAUACUGAGGAUGAUACCUUUGUCACCGGCAUAGAUACCUCUAUUGCGGAACUUACAACACCGCUCCGAAGAUUAGCCAACACCAGUGUCAAUGAUGCGAGGCAGAACGUAUCGCAACUACACAAUCAAACAGAAAACAGUAGAGCUAUGAAGUACAAAAUGUUUGAAGCUCCAAGCCCCAACAUGCAAAGAGCUCCAGAAGAGUCGGGACUCGUGCCUCUAGGGAAGACAGCAUUUCAACUUCAGAUGCAGCGAGAUCAAUUGAAAUCAAAUGCCGAUCUGCUAUUUGAAACGGGCAAUCAAGCGCACACGCCUGCGCCUGAUGUACAGCUAUAUUCGUCUUUAUCAAGAGGUGGUCCAAUCGUUCUGAAAGACUUUCUCCCGCCUAGAAUCACACCAAGAAACAAAAACCCUAUUGUAGUAGCUCCACAAUAUAGACCAUUUGGAAAUGGUAACGAUGAUGAAGAUGAGUUCGAGGCACCUUCAGGCGAGUGGACGAGUCCUGUAAUUCAGGAAGCUCUCCGGAGACAGGUCAACAAAGAGCAACAGUUCAAGACUCUUUGGAGAAGAGUUGCAAGUCUUUUCUGUUUCCACAUGACUCUUCUGCUUGCUGAAUAUCUCUAUUUCUUGUACGAGAUCACAUAUCACGACGAAAACCAAAUGUACCGUAAUACGAUGUGGACACGCUUCUAUUCUCUGAAAGGUUUCCAGAGCUGUUUUCCCUACAUUUUAUCUGCAUACCACCAUGUGAGAGACCUACAAUGGAUUCUCGUUGCACUCAUAUUCACCAGCAUCAUUCGUCUUUUCAUACCGCAGGACCAAUGUAAAGACUUGCCUUUGACCAACCACCAGAGAUCGUUGAUUGGAUUGAAGCCAUUGGAGGAGAAUGGUGAGGUGGAAGGCGUGGAUUCAAAUCUCAUCGUUAAGCAAAGAUUGUUCAAAGCUACCACCUCUGCUCCACUUCUGGUCCCCAAAUAUACCCAAGAAAACGAAUUGAGUGGUAUUGUCAGGCCAAACCGGACCGAUGACACUGAGGUUGCCAUCGCUUUGAAGGAUCUACUCCCUGCGCGCAAACUUCGCAGAUCAUAA